CAUGCUUUACUUUUACACUUCUUGCCCUCCCUUAGUACUUGUAAUGUCUAGUUAAUUUCCACACACGUCUCUUCGCUGCCCGUUUUCAUAUGCUUGGCAAACAUCCUUCGCCGCAGCGUUAGGCGCUCCCUGUCCAAUGUCGACCGUCUUCGCCUCCCUUGUGCGGCCGCCUAAGUUGCGACGCGCCUCCACAAACACGCAGCCCGCGAUCCAGCCUCCGCCUUCGAUCGAUAGCCAUGGCCUCGAUGAGCCUGACCUUCGCGACCUCAAUGCCGCCCUGCAAGCGCUCACGGACAUCUUCCCAGACAUCCAACCCGAGGUCUUUCGAGAGAUGCUGUCUACCUUUAGUGAAGAGAGUAGGCUACAGGUAGUUACCGAAACUCUUCUGAAGCAUGGCGACAAAUAUGUGCGAGGGCGGUACAGGAUGCCAGCCGAGCAGGAAGAGCAGCGGGAGACGGCGCAAAAAUACAAAUAUCGGAAAGAAGAUGCUCCAAAGGACACCCGAGGCAUACCGCUUGCGGUAGAAGACAAGUUCCGGUCACGAAGAUACAAGGACGCUGCCAAAGAAGCACUAUACCAGGAAUUCAAAGGCCUGAGCCACUCGACUAUCAAGGCUGUCCUAGCCGAGUAUAAUUACAGCUAUACACAUGCACGACCCACGCUGCUGGAACUUUCGACUAGGAGUUGGAGGUCCAGUAUUACCAACUUUUUAAUGCGACGGAAGGCGCCGACCGCGAAUGACCAUCCGUUGGUCAUAUGGACUCCCGCCGACGAGAGGCUGAACCGCCCACCCAUGCCACUUCUUGUAAAGACAAGGAGCGACGAAUUGAACCAGGAGCUUUAUAAUGCUCUCAUAGUGCCGGAACAUGAGAAGCACCGGAAAGCGCAAUUACGGCAGGAUUUCGACUUGGCCAUGCAAUGGAACGAAGAGGAGGCUGAGCGAGAGGGUGAGAUGUACGAUUGCGAAUGCUGCUUCAUUCCCAAUACGCUCCAGCAAAUGUCGACAUGUGACAUCGACGGCCACUACAUCUGCUUCCGUUGCAUAAGACAUGCCAUCAACGCUGCACUCUACGAUCAGGGCUGGGCGCGCAACAUCAACACUGAUCUGUGUACCCUGAAAUGCAUAGCGCCUAUGACAGGUGGAUCCGAAGAGUGUCAUGGCUGCAUUCCCCUCAGCUUUGUCAGACGCGCGCUCUUGGAAGAGCAAGAUGGAAAGGAUAACCUCACCAAACUUAACGAGCGCUUCGCUAGCGAUGCGCUUACAAGAUCUCAGCUUCCACUUGUGCAAUGUCCUUUCUGCUCGUACGCUGAAUUGGAUGACCUUGCUCUUCCAGAUACCAAUCUCUUCGCCAGCCUCCGUUUCAAAGCUCGCCCACUUGUACUUGCUUCCUUAGCAUCCGUCCCCUUAUUCGAAUUGCUCUGUUUCCAAGCUACACGGGCUAUUCUUUUCGCCCUCAUACUCAUCUAUACCUUCGUCACCAUUACAUUUCGCUUGCCUGUCAUCGCACCCUUCCGGUCCGCCCUUAGACGUGUCCACCUAAAGCGUCGUGGUCUUCGAUUUCAAUGUCUCUCUCCGAGCUGCGGCCGUGCAUCCUGCCUCUCGUGUAGCCUUCCCUGGCACGACCCUCACACAUGUUUUUCCUCCCAGCUCACAUCUCUUCGUCUCACACUCGAACGCGCUACCACAGACGCCGUAAAACGCACCUGUCCUCAGUGCAACCUAGGCUUCGUCAAGUCUGAAGGCUGUAACAAGCUUGUCUGUCUGUGCGGGUAUAGCAUGUGCUACAUCUGCCGACAAGGUCUUGCGAACGAGGGAUAUCAACACUUUUGCGGACAUUUUCGUGAGAGACCUGGGCAGCCUUGCGGUGAGUGCAACAAAUGCGAUCUGUACCGUGUCGAGGAUGAGGAGAGAGUUGCCAAGAGAGCGAAAGAUAGGGCCGAGGCAGAGUGGUGGGAAGCGCAGGGCGAAGGUGCGAAAGAAGGGUUACAAAAAGAAGUUGAUAAGAACGAGGGCCACGUGGUGAAGGGGGUAGCAGGUCUAAAGAGGGGAAGUUGGGAGGGUUGGAUCGAAGGGUUGCUGGAUAGUGUCCUUGUCUAAUCGUCUGUUCACUUGGCGUUUGGAUAUGGCAACAGAUUGUCGAGGGAAAAUCGAUACCCAAACUUUUGAUCGUACAGCAUCACUUGCAGAUGCUACCCUAGUCAUAACUCUAUUAUUCAGUGUUGGUGGCAAUUUCCAAGGCAGGGUUUCAUACGGAAAUGUUUUAGUCGUGAAAACAAUUAUUGACUCUCGUGACCCAAGGUGCGUUAUGUCUUCUAUGCCGGCCAUGAUGGACCGUAGAAGUUCAACAAUGGGGAAAGCGAUCAAGGUAAACACGUUCUUGCAUAGCAUCCCGGUCGACAUUGCCCACAACGUUGACUACCCCUCCUCAGGGUCCAACACACCACCUUCCUAACCCCACCUAGCGCCCGGCAAGCGAAUGGACAACGUUAUCAACCACAUUCCUAUCUC